UUGUCAGUUUUCCCCUCACCACUCUCAGCAGUCCUAGCUAAAUUGUUGCUUGAGAAAUUGCUAUUUGUGUUUGUUUUUGACCAUUUUAAUUGAAAACAAUCACAGUAAGGUACUUAAUUGUUACCCAGAAAUUAUUUGAUAUUGAGGUAAAAACGGCUGCAUUGGAGCUUUAAAAAUACAAUGAUGUGCGCAUGUCGUCAUUUGCCAAGCAACGAUUGUUCCGACUGUUUGGUUUAUCUGUGGUUUGCGUAGCUAGCCAGUUUGAGUUUGUUGGAAUGCAAUGAUUUGUAAGCUAGCAUAGCUCAAUAUAUUUCCGCAUCUAAAGAUUUAUUGCUUCGCAAGGUUUGCCAAAAUGCUUUUAAACAAUUUGCUUGAGUGUUUGCCGCCUGACCUCGAAUCAGUCUUGUAAAAAUGGGUCAUUUUAAUAAUCCAAGCAAGCUAACUUUAGCUACAUCUUGCAAAUUGAAGAUGUUUUGCUAGCUAGCUAACUUAGUUAGGUUUGAUCGCUACAAUUUAUUGAUAGGGUAGCUGCAGGGUGUCCUGUAGUUUGGCAAAGUGUUAAAACGUGUUUUGUCAUCUGACUUAGCUUCUUAGCCUAGCUUGCUACGUUAGCUGAAUUAGCUAGCAUCAGCUUUUUCUAUCGUUUACUGAAUUUGACGUAUCGCUACUAUCUGUAAAAUAUGGCUACUGCCUCUAGCUCAUGUGUGGGGAUAAAUGGGUCUAGGAAUGGACCCUCUCUCUCUACACCGACAUUGGUAGCACCUGGACAAUCUCAGCCUAUGGUCGUUGUAUGGGAAUGGCAGGAUGAUCUUGGCUUCUGGCGACCAUAUAGCGGCCAGGUGAGCGGCUAUAUCGAACAAUACUUCUCUCCGCGGGGACACAGAGGUGGGGGUCCGGGCUCCACCAGCAUCAGCCUAGGACAAUCCGAUCCCAGUUUGUCGCCUUAUCUCAUAGACAUACCAAGCUUGAACCAGUUCCGCCAAGAUACAGGGAAAACGCGGUCUGUACGCCGUCAAUUGUUUGCCCAGUCCUCAGGCUUGGGUAGCGGAGUAUAUUGGGAGUGGGCAAAUGACGAAGGAGGAUGGACUCCGUACGAGACUCGCACUUCUAUUCUACUAGAACACAGCUACCUGGCACGGCAGGCCACUGCGGAUAUGGCCUCACAUGGCUAUAACUACAUAGUGGACCUCACAGCGCUGGCCCAGGUCAACAAGGCCACAGGCUUCAGGCGGCAGGUCCGACGGCAGGGUAACUUCCCCUACCCGCUGGCGUCUGGCGCCUCCGUCAUCCACUCGGGCCCGGCUUGCUCCUGCCACCAGUGUCUGAGCCACAGCUGCACUGGCCCCAUGCCCAGCCGUUCACGCCACUCCUUCUCCUCUGGGCAGCUGAGCCGGCCCAGCUUCCAGGGCCCCAGCAGGGCGGCUGGAGCUCACCCCACCUCGGUGUACUCGCCCUACCCCAGGAGGCCUCUUUCUGUGGGGGGAAUGGCGUGGGGUGGUCCCUGGCCCCCGACACCCUCCGCAAGUCAGUUCCCUGGACCUCCACUGUCUUACCCUACCAGUGGCAAUGGCUUAAGUGUCCCCGCCAUCCCUCUGCAACGGAAUGGAUCCACCAGUGUGAGCUCAGCCCUUGCAGGCAUGGCCUCCAUUUUGAUGUCAGCAGUGGGACUCGGCGUGCGCUUCACGAGUGCCCCCCUCCCGCACCCCUCCUCCGUUCCUCCUCCCCCCAGCAGCACCAGCAGGCCCGCAGGCUCCAAAACUCACAGCAGCAGCUCGGUUAGGAGGGCAAAGAGGCAGCACAGGACAGCCCAGAAACCAGAGGAUGUCAUUCACCGCUACAUGGAGGAAGUGGCCUCUGCUCAAGACGAGGACUGCAUGAUCUGUAUGGACCGGCUGUCGUGUCCGUCGGAUUACGCCGUGGCGUCCGAGGGAGCACAAUCCAUCCCACCCGGCGCUGUGGGAAAGUUCACCAAGUGUGGACACACCUUGCACAUGCUCUGCAUGCUUGCCAUGUACAACAAUGGAACCAAGGAUGGCAGCCUCCAGUGCCCGUCAUGCAAGACAAUCUAUGGGGAGAAGACUGGGACUCAGCCCAAGGGCAAGAUGGAGAUCUAUAGUAUCGCACAGUCCCUCCCCGGCCACCCAGACUGUGGAACUAUCCAGAUAAUUUACAGCAUUCCCCCUGGGAUACAGGGUCCAGAGCACCCUAACCCGGGGCAGCCAUACACCUGUAGAGGCUUCCCUCGCUUCUGCUUCCUCCCAGACAACGACAAGGGCCGAAAGGUGCUUGAACUGCUGAAGGUAGCGUGGACGCGGCGCCUCAUCUUCACAGUGGGCACGUCUAGCACCACGGGUGAGCCCGACACGGUGGUGUGGAAUGAGAUCCACCACAAGACUGAGAUGAUGUCCAACGUGUCAGGCCACGGCUACCCGGACCCCAACUAUCUGGAAAAUGUGCUGUCCGAGCUGUCCUCCCAGGGGGUGACCGACGACUGCCUGGUCAAACAGGAGGGCCCCAGCCAGGGAGGAGCGUCAAACUCUGGACUGUGAAACUGACCCUGAAUCAGUUUCCUCAUAAUGUCACUACUUCAACAGAGAGAACAUAUUCACAUUCCCACUUGGAUGUUUUUUUUUUUUUAAUCUUAUUAAAUAUUCAAUGCGAAGCAGAUAUGUCAGUGCAGUGUGCAGAAUACUGCACAUUCUGAUAAUGUGGGGUUUGUCGUGGACUUUAUUUGCUGUAGUAGCGUUCCACCAGCUCUUGGUUUAGUCACCUGUUCCCUAUAUAGUAAACUACUUUUGACCAGGGUUCUGGUCAAACGUACUGCACUACAUAGGGAAUAGGGUGCCAUUUUAGACACAUCCCUUUUCUUGAAAAAAGUUAUGUGCUUUUUUUUUUUUUUUUUUUUUUUUUUUUGGGGGGGGAGCAGCCUGAUGUGUCGCACCUCUUGGCAUGCUCCAUGAAAGGUGGCAGCUCUUGCGUGGGAACACAGACGUCGGUAGCACUUUAGUUUUGACAGUGCAUUUAAUUAACACUUAUAGUAAUUACCAGGUUAAUAUGUGUGAUUGUUUUUCAAAUUGGUAUAUUAUGCAAAUACUUUAGUGAUAUUUCUCUUGAAAAGCAAUGUAGGCCUACUUAGGCAAAUCACUGUAUACACAAACACAUUAAAUACUAUACAAAAUGGUAGCAAAGUGAGUACCUGCUUGAUUGUGUUAUAAUGGGAGGGGGGAGAGAACUGUUUAAUUGGUAAUUUUCAUAUUUGUCAGUAAUGAAAGCACUGUAAAGGAACAGAUGUCUGUAAAUGCCAGUUCAUUAAGAAGCAUAACAUGGAACAGAAACUUCUCACUUUGCCUUUGGUUCAGCAUAAUAUAAAUAUUUAAAUGCA